AUGAGGUUUCUUUCAAUUCUAUAUCUGUGUUUUGCAGCAAUAUUCUCAUCUUCUUAUGCUGCAGAACUGGUCAAAGAAGAUACGGGAAGCGAUAUAUGGAAAUCUAUUGAGUCAGCGACUACUUGUGCCGGAUGCAACGCGGUACUGUUAUUACUAAAAGGUGUCGCGCAUCUUGGAAAUGACGCUUUCGUUGAUACUUUGACUGAAAUAUGCAAAUUGGCUGGAGUCGAGGAUGCAGAUGUUUGCGCCGGUGCAAUCGGCCUGGAGGGGCCAAUAAUUGCCCAUGACUUGAGACAAAUGACAAUAGGAACGGAAACUUCCAAGUUGUUUUGCAUAACCUUCUUUGGGUUGUGUGAUUAUCCUGCUGUUACUCCAUACACGGUCCCAUUUCCAAGUGCUAAGCCUGCUACUCGGCGUCCAGCUGCGAGCGGCAAGACGCCUAUCAAGAUUGUACACUUCAGCGACAUUCACGUAGAUCGGGAGUAUGAAGUCGGAGCUAAUAGCAAUUGCUCAAAGCCUAUCUGCUGUAGGUCAUAUACUUCUGCAGAUGCACCCGGAAACAACUCAUAUCCAGCGGGUGAGUGGGGCAACUACAAAUGCGAUGCUACUCUAAGCUUGGAAGAGAGUAUGUACGCGGCUAUCAAGGAGGUUGCUCCAGAUGCCACAGCAACACUAUUCACAGGUGAUAUCGUUGAAGGCUCUGUCUGGCUCGUCAAUUCAACUACCAACAUUGCGGAUAUAAACGAUGCUUAUAGUCGAAUGUCAGGCCUAACUAAAAUAUUUGCGGCCACUGGAAACCAUGAAUCGGCGCCAGUCAACUCUUUCCCCCCAGAUGCAGUUGGCGUUUCAACUUAUCAAUGGGUCUACGACACUCUUUCUACAAAUUGGAAAGCGUUUAUUGAUCCCACCGCUGCCUCCUCAGCCGAUAGCUUCGGUGCAUACUCGACCCUCUUACCCGGAUCAAACCUGAGAAUUAUAUCUAUUAACACUAAUCUCUACUACAGGUCAAACUAUUGGCUCUACGAGGCCACCAUGGAGAAAGAUCCUUCCGGACAACUUGCAUGGAUGGUCACUGAACUUCAAGCUGCUGAGACUGCUGGCGAAAGAGUUUACAUUAUUGGACAUAUGCCAAUGGGUUCCAACGAUGUAUUCCAUGACACCUCAAACUACUUCAACCAGAUCACCCAGAGAUAUUCCGCCACUAUCGCCGCUCUAUUUUUCGGCCAUACCCACCGCGAUGAAUUCCAAAUCACAUACAGUGACUACACCGCUCAAACCGCAGCCAAUGCUCUCGAAGUAUCCUACAUCAUCCCCUCUAUGACUCCGACAUCCGGCUACCCAACCUUCCGCGUUUACACUGUUGACCCAGUGACCUACGGCGUCCUCGACUUCACAAACUACAUUGCAGAGUUUGACCUCACUGCCUCCACACAAUCUGCUCCCACAUGGAAACCCUACUACUCCGCCAAGGCUGCUUAUGGCCCUCUAGUAACCCCGCCUCUUACCUCCGACACUGCAGAGCUAACUCCAGCCUUCUGGCACAAUCUCACCACCGUAUUUGCCGAAAACCCAUCGGUAUUCAACCAAUACAUUUCCAGGAAAACAAGAGGAUAUAAUGUGGAGACUUGUUCCGGUGAUUGUGCAACCCAAGAAAUCUGUCAAAUAAGAGCAGCAGAGAGUCAAUAUAAUUGUGCUACUAUUAAGCCGGGAAUUCACUUUAGAAAGAGAAGUGAAGGAGAUGGAACGCUAGAAAGGAGGAUCGGGAAUGUGGUGGAUAAUUUUGGCGGAGAAUGUGAGGGCAGUGCGAUCAGGCCGAUCCUGACAAAGUUGGCGGGGCAGCAAGGUUUGCUCGAGAGUGCAUUGGAGCGGGCGAAGGCAAAGGCCAAGGCUAGGAAGUAA